UGUUUUUUUGUUUUCAUUUUGUAGAAGGGUUUGUGAGGAAGGGUUUGUGAAAAUGGGUUGGGUCUUGGAUCUUGGUUAUUGAUGCUUUCUUGUUUUUGGUCUGUUGGAGAGGCGGUGAGGGGUCUGUAAAAGGAAACGUUGUUACAUCUUGGGAAAAGAACGCUGACUGCUGCUAGCAAAAUGGCGAGUACCACUUGGUGAUUCUGGGAUGCUAGACUUCUUUCUUCGGUUGUUGGGCCAGAAUGGUUUAGAUCAUGCUCUCAAAGUCCAUGUUCUGAGAUUGAUCGGGAAUUCGUGUGCGGAUACUGGUAUGUCCAAUAUUAAAACGACUCUCAUUAAUGGAGCUGACUGAACUAGAUGAAAACCGAGCACGUGUGUUUUCUUCGAAGUCUCUUAGUUCGGUUAUAUCUCAGUUACAAGAUACCUCUCUCAUUCCUUUUGCAAUCCCGGUUUUAUUCAACAUAUGUGUAGAUUAUGGUAAGUUAGUCCAUGACGGUAAUAUUGGUUUUUUGUUCAAGCUAAUUUGAAUCAGAACCUGCACAACAACAUGCUUCAGAUUCAAUGCUUAGUCUAGAGUUGAUUAAGCUCAUAUCAAGUCCAGCUUUUAAUGAAUGCAGAGCGUUUCUCGGAUAUGCUUGCAGGAUACUAGACCUGUUAGUUACGAGAUGUAAGUAUCACUCAGCAAAAGAAAGUAUGAUAUUAACUUAUUGCAGCUACUGAAGUUGAUAUGGCACCCGAAAAUAUUGUCAUUGUACUUCUGGAUCUUGCCACAGAUAGGGAAAUACCGUGUGAUAUGGAAGAUUUCUUAUCUUUGGUCAAUACUUCAAUGGCAUACCUCAAGCAUGAGAGAUUCCAAAAGGCCUUGGUCACACUUGGUGGUCUAGAUAUUGCUCUUACAGUGCUAAUCGACUCAUACACCCGCUUCGACUCUCAUCCUUCGAUUGGAUCAGGUGUUCCAGACGAAGAUGACGCAAAGCUCCUAUCACAAAUGCGAACAGCACUCAACCAAGUACUCUCCGAUGUCUCGGCACUACCAGAAUUCAAAGAAGCAUGUCCCGUAGUCUCUCCAUUUACCGCAUCAUUACGAAGAUGGCUUUCAAGUCCUCAACUUCAACUCCAAGUUUGCGCCUGUAUCAUGCUUGGAAACUUAGCCCGCUCUGACGCCGCAUGCGAAGAAUUCGUCCACACAUCUCAAGUCCAUAAACCUUUGAUAGCAAUUCUCACCGAUGCAAACGACUCCCAACUUCUACACGCCGCCAUCGGCUUUCUCAAAAACCUCGCUCUGCCAGCAAAGAAUAAAGAAUUGAUCGGAGAUGCAGGUUGUAUAGCAAUUCUUCCACGUCUCUGGCUCAUGGAUACCCUUCAACAAAUCCAAUUCUCCUCCAUUUCCCUCGCCCGCCAAUUAAUCAACGGAACCUUUGAAAAUGUCCGCAAAGUAUGUAAACGACUAUCAGACGAUGAGGCCUCCCCAGCAAAUAUGCGCACCAACCUUUCCUUUUUGAUUUCUCUCUUCGAGCGAACAGAUAUUGAGCCCGUCAAGAUGGAGAUAUCCCGUCUAGUGACGGCGAUUUGUCGUGUGUACUCAAAUUACACCGGCCGUACACCCGAGAAUAUGGAGGAGAUUCGCAAGAAAUUCUUCGUCAUGCAUCCCGAUAUUGGAAGGUCGUUGAGUUUCAUGGUAUCUCAGACGAAAUGGCCGGUGGUUAGGAGUGAGGGCUGGUUCGUAUUCGCGCUGAUGGCCCGAUAUCCGGAUGGCGCAAAAUGUAUCAGCGACCUCAUGAACGACGUCGCAGUUUUCCAGCCCCUCGUCGAACUCCUCACAGGAAAAGACCUCAUCGACCCUACCAAAUCGACCAAGUCCUCAUCUUCCUCUCCCCAGCCUUCUUCCUCCACCUCCCCUGCAUCCCUCCUCGAGGGUCUCACACCCGAAGAACCGACGCAACCACACGCCCAAGCCGCCGAGAUGAACCGAUUGGAUCGCGAGAAUGCCCUCGUCCUCGUGAAUGAGAUGCUGAAGAAUCGCGGCGAGGAAAUGGCUGUCAUGCGUCGGGCGGCUUUUGAGGAUUUACUGAAAGGGGGAGGCGAGCUGGUGAGGAGUUAUCGGGAGUCAAAACCGCAGUGGGAUGAUGGGGAGUUGGUACCGCCGGAGAGGAGGGUGAGCGCUGGACUUAAUGUGCAGGAGGUUGUGGCGGAGAGUUUCAAGGAAGUUCUUGGGUAGAUUUGUUUGGG